AUGUUGAACAAUAAGGGAAGAAGAUAUUGUAUGGGGGGUGGAUCCAAGCUGGGAACACUAAAGGAAUAUGGGUUAUUUGAGGAUUCUGACGUGAAUGUUCCUUUGGGCUCCAUAAGCAUGCUGGAUAACAAGAGAGGUGAAGAUGGUGUGAAAGAGGCGAGCAAGGAGGAGCUUCUAAGGGACGAUAUUGAGGGUUUGUUUAUUGAUGGAAGGCCCAGGUAUACAGAAGGCAAAGACGGAGAAAGGUUCAAUCCGUACGAAGACAAUUCAGGCACGGUAGUUUGUCUGAAGCAGGAUGAUUUUGUUGUUGUUAGCGGGGACACAAGGCAUUCAUCUGAAAUGGUUAUAAAUUCGCGAGAGAUGUCUAAAAUAUUCCGGAUUGGAAAUUUCUUUCUUACUGGAACGGGAUUCUAUGCAGACAGCCACGAGGUCUAUGUGAAAAUGGAAUACGAGAUACGGCAGUAUGAGGUAGACGGGCCCAUCAACAUCCACAGUGCUGCAAAUUUACUCUCCAAGAUUCUCUAUUCAAGAAGAUUCUUCCCAUAUUACUCGUACUGUACUCUGAGUGGGUUUGAUAAUGGAAAGCCUUAUAUCUAUGCAUAUGAUCCUGUGGGGUCUUUUGAGUCUGUGACAUGUGAGUGCAAUGGAAGUGGGAGAAGUAUGAUACAACCUCUGCUAGACUCUUUUAUUGACAAGAAGAACUGGCACAAUGCAGAGCAAACGCAAUUAAGCCAAGAGGAUUGUGUAAGACUUAUUGCCAAGGCAUUCGCUUCUGCAGCUGAAAGAGAUAUAAAGACAAAGGAUAACCUUGAGAUCUAUGUGCUAAGGGAGAACAAAGUGGUGCAUAAGGUUCUUCCUUUAAGGAGAGAUUAA